UAUACUGUGGACAUAUAGAAGUAAAUUCUAUUCCAUUCGAUUGCUGUUUGUUAUUCUCUUUUCUGACAAAAAUACAUCGAAAAUAUGGUUAAAAUAGCUCUGCAGAUCAAAGCGACUUUAGAAUGCAUCGAAAAACUAUAUACGAAUCAUCCGUACUAUCAAUGGUUCUUAAAACUGAAGUGUGGAAGUUGCGGCGAAGUGACCGAGAAGUUCCAUGACCUUACGGAAGCCGAGAAGAUACCGCAGAAGCAUAACAGAUCAGAAACUAACCUGUUAAUAAAGUGCAAACUAUGCUCCAGAGAGAAUAGCAUGGAUGUUAUUGAAGGCAGCAAUGGUCAGCUAACAAACCAAGAUGAGGGCAAGUUUAAAACUAUAGUUAUAUUUGACUGCCGCGUAGAGCCAGUGGACUUCCAACCCAAGUCUGGAUGGGUGGCAGUGGCUGAAGAUGACGGAAAAACAUUUGAAGAUGUGGACCUGACAGAAAAAGAAUGGGUAGACUAUGAUGAGAAAAACCAAACUUCAGUUGGUGUUUAUGAACUGGAAUGGCAGUUUGUGAAAGUCAAGUAAAUUACGAAUUUAUAUUCAACAGGUUUGCAAUAAGAAAUAAGAUUAAGAACCUAAUGUUAUGUUAAAUUAUAAAAAGAUAAUUAUGUAUUUUUUUAAAAUGCAGUGGAAGUCACUGAAGCGCUACUUGUGUUUUAUGCCUUUGUUUUCUAAGAAGUAACAAAACAACUUCAAAUUUUACUGACACAAAAACAGCGCGGAUAUUCCUAAUAUGUUUCUACAUAAUCUAAAAAUACAUUUAUGAAAUCGAAAAGUUAAGUUAAAAGUGAGCUGCAAUACUAAUUUAAUUAUUGUGAGAUAUUACUAUAGGUACUCUUUUUUGUUACUCUUACAAUUUUAUUAAGUAAAUAGUAAUAUUGUAAUUUAAAAUAAAAUGUUUUAAUACUC